AUGGCUGCCGCCGUAGAUGACGGGCAGCUGCUCAAGCAGGCGACCGGCCGCAACACUCGAGGCUUGCUUCGAGUGAUUAUCCUGUGCCUCAUCGCUGCCGCCGCCGUAAGCAGUCGUCUGUUCUCCGUAAUCCGCUUUGAGAGCAUCAUCCACGAGUUCGAUCCGUGGUUCAACUUCCGAGCGACGAAAUACCUGGUACAGAAUGGCUUCUACAGCUUCUGGGACUGGUUCGACGACCGAACAUGGCACCCUCUUGGACGAGUCACGGGUGGUACUCUCUACCCCGGACUGAUGGUCACCAGCGGUGUCAUCUACCACGCCCUCCGCGCUCUCGCCAUGCCCGUCGACAUUCGAAACAUCUGUGUCCUCCUCGCGCCUGCCUUCUCAGGUCUUACUGCGCUCGCGACGUACCUCCUGACCUCCGAGAUGGUCCCGUCGCCCUCGGCCGGUCUGCUCGCCGCAGCCUUCAUGGGCAUCACCCCCGGUUACAUCUCGCGAUCCGUCGCAGGAAGUUACGAUAACGAGGCCAUUGCCAUUUUCCUGCUCGUCUUCACCUUCUUCCUGUGGAUCAAGGCAGUCAAGCUCGGAUCCAUGUUCUGGGGUGCAUUGACUGCGCUGUUCUACGGAUACAUGGUGUCAGCGUGGGGUGGAUACGUCUUCAUCACCAACUUGCUGCCCCUGCACGCUUUCGUCUUGAUCUGCAUGGGACGAUACAGCCCGAGGUUGUAUGUCAGUUAUACUUCGUGGUAUGCGCUUGGCACGCUUGCGAGCAUGCAGAUCCCCUUCGUCGGUUUCCUGCCCAUCCGCAGUAGCGAGCACAUGUCCGCGCUCGGUGUCUUUGGCCUGCUCCAGCUGGUGGCCUUUGUCGACUGGGUUCGCGCACAGCUUCCCGGCAAGCAGUUCCAGACGCUGCUCCGCGCUCUGGUUCUGAGUGUCUUCCUCAUCGGUGUCGGAGGACUGGUGCUUCUUACCGUCUCUGGUGUCAUUGCGCCCUGGACUGGCCGUUUCUACUCGCUCUGGGAUACCGGAUACGCCAAGAUUCACAUUCCCAUCAUCGCCUCCGUCUCCGAGCAUCAGCCUACCGCAUGGCCCGCUUUCUUCUUCGAUCUCAACAUGAUGAUCUGGCUCUUCCCCGCCGGUGUCUACCUGUGCUUCCGCACUUUGACCGACGAGCAGGUCUUCAUUGUCAUCUACGCUGUGCUCGCCAGUUACUUCGCUGGUGUCAUGGUCCGUCUUAUGCUCACUUUGACUCCCAUUGUCUGCGUUGCAUCGGCAAUCGCUUUCUCGCAGAUUCUCGACACCUACCUUGACGUCAAGACCCCCAAGCCCGUCACCGAGAACGGCAGCACCGAUACCGCUGCAGUCGCUGCUGCAGCUAUCCUUCCCGAGGGUCUCCGAUCUACACGCAACCCGCUCGUCGGCAUCUACUCGUAUGCCUCCAAGCUCACCGUCGCCGGAACCGCCGCCAUCUACCUCAUGCUGUUCGUUCUGCACUGCACAUGGGUCACUUCGAACGCCUACUCUUCGCCCUCCGUCGUGCUCGCAUCCAGACUUCCCGACGGCAGCCAGCACAUCAUCGAUGACUACCGCGAGGCAUACUACUGGCUCAGGCAGAACACCCCUCAGAACGCGAAGAUCAUGUCGUGGUGGGACUACGGAUACCAGAUUGGUGGUAUGGCCGACCGCCCUACCCUUGUCGAUAACAACACCUGGAACAACACGCACAUUGCUACCGUCGGCAAGGCUAUGAGCUCCAGGGAGGAGGUCAGCUACCCCAUCAUGCGUCAACACGAGGUCGACUACGUAUUGGUCGUCUUUGGCGGUCUUCUUGGCUACUCUGGAGACGACAUCAACAAGUUCCUCUGGAUGGUCAGGAUUGCCGAGGGUAUCUGGCCCGAUGAGGUCAAGGAGCGCAACUUUUUCACUCCACGAGGCGAGUACCGUGUGGACGAGGAGGCCACCCCCACCAUGAAGAACAGCUUGAUGUACAAGAUGUCUUACUACAACUACAACGCGCUGUUCCCCGCCGGACAAGCCCAGGACCGUGUCCGUGGCGCGCGUCUUCCCGCACAGGGCCCCGAGCUCAGCACCAUCGAGGAGGCCUUUACUAGCGAGAACUGGAUCAUCAGGAUCUACAAGGUCAAGGAUCUUGACAACUUUGGUCGCGACCAUCAAAGCGCCGUAUCGUUCGACAAGGGCCACAAGAAGAAGCGGUCCACCAAGAGGAAGGGACCUAGGGUAUUGAGAGUUGAGUAG